UUUCUCACUCGUUCCGUUCUCCCCUUCCGUUUCCGUCGUGCGCUCUCGCAGGCUUUUCUCUCUUCGGAUCGAAUUCCCCACCAGUGAGGGAAGCCCCAACCAAGCCAACAAUUAAAAAAAAAAAAAAAUUCAUUGCCUUCCGUUUGUUCUUCUCAUCCAAAUCUGAAUUAAUAACGGAAUCCAAUCUUGCUGCUAGGAUUCGAUACCGAGAGAUUUUGCCUUCGCUCUUCGAUUGUUUCUGCGUCGGGGAAAUUUAGGUUUCUCUCGUUCGUUUAUCAUCGUCAUCGUCUCGAUUCGUUUAGGUCUGAUUUUCUCUGCCUAUACACUGUUAAUUUUUUUUUUCGGCCUCUAUUCGGUUUUUAUCUUGUUUUGAUCUGUAUAUUGUGUUAUUAAAUUUUUUUUCUUUUCUUCUUCCAUUAUUGUGAAACCCAAGGGCUUAUGGGGUUCGACCCAAAAAAAUAAGAGCAAUUUGAUUUGCUAUUUGGAUUCUAUUCCUGUCUUCUGAUUGAUUCUCGGCUUUUUAAAUUCUUCCUCAAGUUCUUCUCAGGAAACUCGGUGAAAAUUUUGGUGCGUUGUUUUAGUUUGCCAUCCGAAUUCGAGGGUUUUCUUGUUAGAUCGUCCAGAACCUUUUUUUUUUGUUUUUUUAAUUUCUCUUUUUGUUUUCCCCUCCCUACAUCUCUACUCAUUGUUCACCUUCUCAGUUAAAAAACAAAAAAACAAAAAGAAAAGAAAAAAAUUAGGGUUUGCGGAGUAUCUUAUAGUUGGGGUGUAUAUAGAUAGAUGAGAUGGCCUUGAACUUCUCGCAUCGACCAAUCUUUGCGGCUCGUGAUGUUGACAAUCGCUUCGAUUAUGGAAGGGAUAGAUGUGAUAGGCCUGGCUCACAGGAGUCUGUCUCGAAGGACAUUCUUGACCUUUUGCCAUCGGAUCCCUUUGGCAUGGAUAUUAGUAGUACCUUCACGGCCAUCACAGGAUGGCUAGAGGAUUUGGAGGUCGAUUACGUCGGAUACGGAGGGAAGGACGUUGGGGCAAGUGAUGAUAAUUAUCAGCUCGUUGCUGGGUUGAAUUUAAUUUGGAACAAUGCCAUGAGGUUCCAUGCGUUUCCAGGCAGUGUGUGCCUUGAGAACAAACCGCACGUAACUAGUGGUUUUGGUGACUGUUUUCAGAAUCAAGUUGGAGUUGCUUCGUGCAAUGAUGACUGUGGAUCUUCUUGUAACACGGGUGACAUGCUGAGCUUUGGCUAUAAAGAUUCAGGGAUUGAUUGUUGGUCCACUGACUCGUACAUGGAUGAUGGGAAUCACCCAGAAGGAGAUGAAGCAGCUCAUCAUCCUGCUUUGGGUUAUGCUCUCAGCUACCUAGGUGUACGUGACCUUCUUUCUGUUGAGAGAGUAUGCAAGUCUCUGAAUUCUGUUGUUCGAGGAGAUCCUCUUUUGUGGAAGAGUAUCCACAUAGACCAACCUAUCAAUGAGAAGAUUACUGAUGAUCUUCUUUUCCAACUAACUAAAAGGGCGCAAGGUAAUCUUCAGUGUCUGAGCCUGGUGGAGUGCACAAGGAUAACUGAUGAUGGUCUGAAGCAGGUUCUCGAAACCAAUCGCAAUUUAAUCAAGUUGAGUGUUCCUGGAUGUACAAGACUCAGUGUUGAGGGUAUUGUGAGCAUCCUUAAGGAUUUCAAGUCUGCUGGUACCCAUGGAGUGAAGAACUUGCGCAUAGGUGGCCUUUAUGGUGUCACAGAAAAACAUUUUGAAGAAUUGAUGCUUUUGUUGGGCACUGAUAGUCAGAUGUUGCAGCGAUCUCGCAGGCCACAUUUUUAUCACAGGGAAAACUUGUAUUUGUCCAAUGAAGAUGAUUGUGCCAUAGAUAUUGAGAUGUGUCCAAGAUGUCAGAAUUUGAGGCUCGUUUAUGAUUGUCCAGCAGAGGGUUGCCAAGGGAUUGGGCACGCUGCUCAGGUGUGCCGGGCAUGCACUCUUUGCAUAGCCCGGUGUAGUCAGUGUGGGCAUUGCAUCAAUGACAAUGAAUAUGAAGAAACAUUUUGUCUGGAACUACUUUGCUCUAACUGUGCAGCUAAUCAAGUGCCAGCAGGAGGCACCAGAUAGGUAAGGCUUCUGUUCUUUUUGAACAGGGUUAUGGCUGUUGUUAUGGUAGGGGCUGAACGUAAAUUACAUGUGUGAGUGUUAUAAGCUCAAUUUUCAGAUGAGGAAGAGAAUUUAUGUUGAUUCAAAGCUCGAGCGAAAAUCUAGGAACAUCUAAAAAUAGGCUUUUGUUAGAAACCCUGAAUUAUUGUCACAGAGCUCAACUGUUUGAGAACUUCUGCUGUUAUGGCUUGCUAUUUUCUAUCAUCACACUUGGUGUUUGUCUUGCUGAAGAAAAUGCAAAAGAGAGACUGAAGAAAAAUGCAGAAAAGAGAAUUUAUAGAUGUAACACUUCAGGAGGGGGAAAAUAUGUUGAGAGAUUGCUGCUUACUCGUCGGAAACAGAUUAUUUAAGGAAGUCCUUAUCAAGAAUAAAGUCCUAUGAAGACAGCAGAAAUGUUGGGUUGUGUUGGACUCUGGCGACAUUGUUUUGCCCUUCCUGGACUUAGUUUGGUGCAUUCACAAUGGGAGAGUUUUCAUAUUGUGGAGAAGCGGAAUUGGUUCAAGUUUUGAUAUUCUGCACAUGGAGAAACUCUAUUGUAUUAGUAGUAACCUGGAGGGGAUUGGUGCCAUUGUACCACGGCGGUUAUCGAUCACCUCACCUCACCAUUGUUGUAAUGAACAUUCUUUCUGGUUUCGUGGUGGUCUAGGUAAAGGAUGCUGCCACUGGAUGCUUUUUGGCUGCUACACGACCUUCACGAUUAGCUGUUCUCUCACAAUUCGCUCUGUUUGGUGUAUGUAUUUUGUUUAUUCUCUUCCUCCUUGUAUACAGAGGAAGGGAAGAAGAUAAUAAUGAAGGGGAUGUUAAGUGACACCUUUCACUCUAUACCCUUUCAACUUGGUGUAUGCCUUUCUACGUGUGUCAGGUGAAAUAAAACGGUCUCUAGAAUC